AUGAUCUCUUUUUAUAGAUACCGCCAGGUCGAUUUCUUGCUUGAACGCGAGUUCGACGCGUGCUUCGCGUUAUUUUGCCAGGAUAGCUUUUAUUUUAUUCACACUCAGAGUUUCUUCGCUGAGGUGCUUUUGUUUUGGCAAAACUUUCUACAAGCCCAAGAAAAGUUUUGCGAGUUGAAGCGCGCCAGUAAGGGACUUGAGGUCCAGAAAUCCGUUCAUGGCUAUCGACUGAGGCUGCAACUCGACAUCCAGCCGUUCACGCUGAUAUUGCCAGCAAGCACCGCCCUUCGUAUGGCGGUGAUUGCCGAGGCAACCCGGCUGACAGUAAACAACGACUUCGUUUUCUCUGAUUCAGUCCAUGGUUCUGAAUGUUCCAGCAACAUGCCCAUCGAUCUUGGUCAAGCUUCUUCGAAUCUCCUGAUUGAUUAUCUGAUCGUCCGACUGGAAAAUCUUAUGCUGUUCGACGGAACUCGUUUAAGCUCUGAAGACAGCAUCCCAGCUGAUUAUCGCCACAUCUAUUUUGAUGAUUUCUCCAUUCGCAAAAACAAUGUUCCAAUGAUCGAAGUUCCAUAUUUGCUGGAAGUUGUCGUUGCUCGAAACUUAGACGCAAAGCAAGAACAGCUUCCAGAAAUGUCGGUGGUAGCAAAUCUCAAUGGCGUGACACUGCAUCUGACACUGGACACCUAUCGCCUUAUUCGUACUAUUCUUCGGCUAAACCUCGGCGAAAAACCGAAGCUGUUACGGUCUGACGUUAGUCAUCUGCAGACAACCCCUUUGUCGUCGAUCGGUGGCAUAUACAUUAAUUCGAUGUUCAGGUUCAACCUGAAAGACGUUCAUGUGUGCAUCGCGUCGGACUCGAGUGCAGCCGUAAUACAAGGCGGUAGAGUGCAUUUCUAUCAGGCUGUUGUGAAGUAUGAGUCGCUGUCGGAUUCGUCUACUCGUACCGGGCUGAUCUGCACUAAUGUAACGAUCGAGACAUCCAGCCUCGAUGUCGAUGGUACAAACGACGAAUGUCUUCCACUGAUUCUGAACCGUCUUUCGACGAUCGAGCGCGACGCGUUCAUGGCUGAGCUGCAGUACCGUGAAAAAGAUGGAAAGACGAAAAUGUCGGUUGUGUUUGCGGGGGCAUUGAUAACCGUCGAUUACGCGUGGCUGAUUCAUGCAUAUCACUUCAUAACCGCGGCCCCGUUUGGCGAAUCCGUUCAAGAGUCGACGACCAGUUCUCACAAAAGCAUCGUCUUCAGAAAAGACAUGACACCGGUUCACACGAUAUCCGGCAUGGUUUCCUAUCGGAAUUCGUCGGAAUCGCCUUUUCGUGUAGACGCAACGUCGGUGCAAUUCCACGGUGGCAUACUAGACAGUCGUCGGUUCACCGGUGGUCAGCUGUCUAAUAAAUUUGCAGUUGUCGCAAACUUUAAACUCGUUGAGCAACACAGCUUCAAGUCUGUCGGUUUACUGGGUGUAAGCGUGCCUGGUGUCCGUUUCAAUUGCGAGAUUUUGAUCGAGCGCAUUUUUACGAAGCUGUCUGUGUACGAUCUUCUCGUUAUGCAGGCCGUGCUGAAAGGGUUCUCUCAACAAAGCGGGUUGUUGGCAAAUGCUGAUGGCCAAGAAAACAGACCAGGAAUUAUUGAAAGGAUUGACGUUAAGAUCCAGUGCUGCGAACUGCUGGUCAUUCAACACGAUUCGCAGCGUUAUCCAUUGGCGGUUUUUCGUCUUUCUGACGUCAACUUUCAACACAAAUUUCCUGAUUCCGCUGAGGAAGCUCACAACGUGUACGGUUCUGUCACGUUUUCGAUCGAUAUUUUCACGCCAACGACGUACAAGUUUGAACCUUUGAUAGAGAUGUGGAAGCUUCGCAGCAUCAACUGCUGCCUGAAAUGUUCGAAAUCCGAGUACAUGGUCGAAAUGCUUUCAGGUUUGUUUCCGUUUCAGACUAUGAAGCCAUGUUUAAGCGCCAGCUUUUCCUGUUGCCUGAUUAAUGAAACGGGGGUGAACAUCUGGAUAAAGUCGAACGAGCAUGGCAGCAACGAAAUUUCGAAAACACACGCCAAUGCGUCCGAUGCCAAGAAGUGUAGUUGGAUAGCCGUCGAACCUGACAAAGCUGUUUCAAUACCUGUCAACAGCUACACGAUGAAGGGCUCAAUCAACUGCGUUAUCAAACGGCUGCAGGUGAAGGUGGACGGUUUGUGUGAAAUAAGUUCGGUGCCGAUCGAAAACACUGGCACCUUCUACCGUAUCGCGCACUACAUGAACUCAGGAGACGCUGCAACGACGAAAUCGUUGUACUGUCGCAUCGCGUUCGUCGUAACCCUGGACGAAGGCGGUCAGAAAAUUGUCCGCAUCCGAUCAAGUCUUUUGAUUAGCAAUGAAACCGACGACACCUUGCAGCUCCGUUUCGAAAAUAGCAUUCUCCCUGUUUCGUUUCAGAUCGAUUCGAAAGUAAAAAGCGAUGUCUACAUUAACGUCGAAGCAUUCAAGCCGUUGAACCAUUUGAAGUUAAGCGAUUCAUUGAGUUCAACAGAAGAAUCAUGUUAUGUUUCGCUAACGGACCAGAAUAAUCGCGUUUUGUUGUUGAACGUUACGAUUUCAAAGAAGCGGGCGAACAUCAUUUGGGUACGCGUGUGGGUUCCUGUUUGGAUCGUCAAUAAGUCGGGCCUGCCUCUGGUGGUCAAGCAGGACGGCUCCGGAACCGACUCAGCGGGCCAGUAUGAGGAACACGAACGCGCUAGAUCUAUGACGCCACUGUUGUUUUCUUUCGCUGAUGAGGACGCGUUCCAAAGGUUUGCAGAUGGUGACUUGUAG